GGCUCCGGAGGCGCGGGCCGCCCCGUCCGCUGGUUUGGAUCCGGGUCAGUCAGGCGCGGCGACCGGGGAGAGACGAUCUGAACUGACGGCACCGGAUCACCGGAGCGCUCCAGCUGCGAGGAGAAUUAACGGGAACAUCCAUAGUAGUGUAAAACCUUUAACAAUGAAAUCUGAAGCCAAGGAUGGAGAGGAGGAGAGUCUACAGACUGCUUUCAAGAAAUUGAGAGUGGAUGCAUCGGGGUCCAUAGUGUCACUGUCUGUUGGAGAAGGCACAAGUGUCAGAACAUCGGUCAGAACGGUAGCAGAUGAUACCAAACCUAAAACUGCAUGUGCAGCUAAAGAUGGUUGGCAUGGGUCUACCAGGAAGUCUUCACGAGGAGCAGUGAGAACCCAGCGUCGUCGACGUUCUAAAUCUCCUGUCCUCCAUCCUCCAAAGUUUAUACAUUGCAGUACAAUAGCAUCUCCUUCCAGCAGCCAGCUCAAGCACAAAAGCCAGACUGACUCCCCUGAUGGCAGCGGCGGGCUUGGAAUUUCAUCCCCUAAAGAGUUCAGUGCAGGAGAAGGCUCUACUUCUGUUGAUGGAAAUCGCACAGGGGCAGUCGUUGAGCCUUUGAGAACUUCGGUUCCAAGGCUUCCAUCGGAGAGUAAGAAGGAAGACUCCUCUGCCACUACCCAAGUCUCCCAAGAAAGUCUCAAGGCCAAUGAUCUCUCUGACUUUCAGUCUGUUUCCAGGUUAAACCAGGGCAAACCAUGUGCAUGCAUAGGCAAGGAGUGCCAGUGUCAGCGAUGGCACGAUAUGGAAGUGUAUUCCUUUUCAGGCCUGCAGAACGUCCCUCCCUUGGCUCCAGAGCGAAGAUCCACGCUCGAGGACUACUCUCAGUCGCUGCACACCAGAACUCUGUCUGGGUCUCCCCGCUCCUGUUCUGAGCAAGCUCGAGUCUACGUGGAUGAUGUGACCAUUGAGGACCUAUCAGGCUACAUGGAGUAUUACUUGUAUAUUCCCAAGAAAAUGUCCCACAUGGCAGAAAUGAUGUAUACUUGAGAGCGAGAAGCUAAUUCUUAUGCUUUAAACCAAUGAAGGGUUGUCAGAGAGAUUUAGUUAAUGGCAGCCCCCGCAGCCACUUUGUGUGAGAAGACAUCUCUUUCUGCUCACUGUGCUUGCAAUAAAAACUUUUCUUGGCAUCUCAGUUAAUCCUUCUCCUUUAAACUUUCUCUCUUGAGUUCUUACAUACCCAUCAAGGCAGACAAAUCCCAGAAAAAGUCUGUCAUUUAGAAAUGUUCCUGAUGUCAAAAAAACCAUGAUGACUUGAUUUACAGCGGUGGGUAUACCAGAAAAGCCUUUGUAAAACUGCAUUUUUCAGGUCUGUUUAAGAUUUGUUAGCCAAGGAAAAUCAAACAUGGUUUUGUAACUGGACUGAAAGUUUGUCAUGUUGUAGUUGCCAGCCUGGAAUAUUAGAAGUUGUUAAGACUGAUUUAAGCCAUCUCUGAUUUAACACCAGAUUUAUUGUGUCUUUUCAGGUUUCUUAUGUUAUUGUUAAGCCAGGUAUCUAAGAUUUACAUUCAAUUUGAAUAAACUAGCUGGCCUGCC